CACGUCGCAGGUGCGGGGCUGGGCGGCUGUACGAUUCCGAGAGGCCCGAGACAAGGGUCGCGUCAGGCCCGGAAAGCUGGUGUGUUGAUUAGUGAUUCAAGACUGCCGGAAGCGCUUCUUCUCAAUCAGGCGCUGCCACAGGAAGUCGUUAUAACCCAGUUGCAACCUCUAAAGAUGUCCCCAUUGCGACAGUACCUCGACGGCCUUUUUGCUUUCCUCUUCUUAUAACUUCCCAGGAUACUCAUUUCUUCACAACGCUGUAGGUCGUGAAGGAGCAACUUUACCGUCGCUGCCAGAGAAGCCGCUGGGGGCUGGGGAGAGGGAGGCGUGGAGAGGAAUGUAGAGACCGAGGGGGUGAGGUUUCCCUGGAACAGAUUUCGACGCUGCACGCGCUUGAUGAUGGCUGCUGGUCCCUCUCAGUCCGAGCCGCUGGCUUCGCAGGAACUCGAUGGCGACUUCAAGAAGCCAGGCUUGCCCUUGCUCCCGGCGGUGCGGGGCAAAGCCCCGGCCACCAAUCCUUCAAACCCUGAGGAGGUAAAGAAGGAAGGGCCCACGGCGCUGCCGGACUCCGAUUCCGCGGAGCCUGAAGACCCGCCAGCCCCGCUGGACAGCGGAGAGACUAGGGGUCCAGCGGAGGAGCAGCCACGGCCCUCCACAGCGGCUCCUUCCCCUGGCGGCCCGGCCCGGGCUCCUCCUUACCGAGAGCCUCCGUGGGGCGGCCCCGCCACGGCCCCCUACAGCCUAGAAACACUGAAGGGCGGCACCAUCCUUGGCACUCGGAGUUUGAAAGGGAUGAGUUGCUGUCUUUUCGGGAGGCUCGCUAGCUGCGACGUGUGCCUGGAGCAUCCUUCGGUGUCUCGCUACCACGCUGUGCUGCAGCACAGGGUGUCCGGUCCCGAGGCAGAAUGCGACGGCCACGGGCCUGGCUUCUACCUCUACGAUUUGGGAAGCACCCAUGGCACUUUUCUUAACAAAACCCGCAUCCCCCCCCGCACCUAUUGUCGGGUCCACGUCGGGCAUGUUCUUCGCUUUGGAGGCAGCACCCGGCUCUUUGUUUUUCAGGGACCAGAGGAAGACCGAGAGGCAGAAUCUGAGUUGACAGUAACGCAAUUGAAGGAAUUGCGCAAGCAGCAACAAAUGAUGUUGGAAAAGAAGAUGCUGGGAGAAGACUCAGAUGAAGAAGAGGAAACGGAUACAGCUGAAAGAAAGAGAAAUACUAGUAGUCAAGAUGAUGAAAUGGGCUGCACCUGGGGAAUGGGAGAAGAUGCUGUAGAGGAUGAGGCUGAAGAGAACCCCAUUGUCUUAGAGUUUCAGCAGGAAAGAGAGGCCUUUUAUAUAAAGGAUCCAAAAAAGGCUCUCCAAGGUUUUUUUGACCGAGAAGGAGAAGAAUUAGAAUAUGAAUUUGAUGAACAGGGUCAUAGCACUUGGCUUUGCAGGGUGAGAUUACCUGUGGAUGAUUCAACUGGAAAACAGCUAGUGGCUGAGGCUAUUCACUCAGGAAAGAAAAAAGAGGCAAUGAUCCAGUGCUCACUGGAAGCUUGUCGAAUCCUUGAUACUUUGGGAUUGCUGCGUCAGGAGGCAGUAUCUCGGAAAAGGAAAGCCAAGAACUGGGAAGAUGAAGACUUUUAUGAUAGUGAUGAUGACACGUUUCUUGAUCGGACUGGCCUGGUUGAAAAGAAGCGUCUGAACCGAAUGAAGAAGGCUGGGAAGAUUGAUGAGAAGCCAGAGACCUUCGAAUCAUUGGUUGCAAAGUUAAAUGAUGCUGAAAAGGAACUCUCUGAAAUUUCUGAGAGACUGAAAGCCUCCGGCACAGCUCUGUCAGAGUCACCAUCUCAGGACUCUUUAGAUGCGUUCAUGUCAGAAAUGAAAUCAGGGAAUGCAUUAGAUGGUGUGUCCCGGAAGAAACUUCACCUGAGAACUUUUGAACUGAGAAAAGAACAGCAGAGACUUAAAGGGUUGAUAAAAAUUGUAAAGCCAGCAGAGAUCCCAGAACUAAAAAAAACUGAAAGUCAGGCUACAGAUGGGGAAAACAAAGCUAAAAAGCUUACACUGCCUCUCUUUGGUGCCAUGAAAGGAGGAAGCAAAUUCAAAUUAAAAACUGGAACAAUAGGGAAGUUACCCCCCAAGCGUCCAGAACUCCCUCCAACUCUAAUGAGAAUGAAGGAUGAGCCUGAAGUAGAAGAGGAGGAGGAGGAGGAGGAGGAGGAAGAGCAGGAGGAGAAAGAAAAGGAGGAGCAUGAAAAGAAGAAAAUGGAGGCGGGGAGCAGUAGGCUGCAGCAGGAGAUAGAGCCAGAAGGAGCAGUGCAGGAAACAGGUCCUCCCACAGAUUUCACAUGUUCUAAAGAAACAAAAAAUCAUGAAAACAUGUCUCAACUCAGCCAAGUGGAACAGAAUAAAGGUUACCAAGAGAUUAGUGAGACAGCUGCAUCAUGUGAGGAACCCUCAGCAUCAAAGAAUGAAUAUGAGAAAAGAAGAGAUGAAUUGAAGAAAAAGAAAGCUCCUGGUGUAGGCAAACUUCCACUGACACUUUCCUCCAACUAUCCAGAAGAUGAUCCAGAUUACUGUGUGUGGGUCCCACCUGAAGGCCAAAGUGGAGAUGGCAGGACCCAUCUUAAUGAUAAGUAUGGCUAUUGAUUGCUUCCGAAUCCUAAAGGAAGACCUUGUGGACCAUGUGACAUGGGAUAUUUAGGAUAAUAUAUCAAGUUGAAUGUCCAGAGAAGGAGUUCAGAUGAUCAUUUGUAAAAUCUGGUGACUGGCCUUUUCUUCUGUGCUCUUGGCUUCCUAAAUUUAUCUACCCAUCUGAUUCUUUUGAAUUUGCUAUUUAUGUUUAAAAGUGUUUGUGUAUGUAUGUAAAAAGGAACCGUAUAUUUUGAGAAUUAGUAAAGUGAGAGACAUGACUCUGUUAAAUGAGAACUUGAAGAUGUCUCAUGUUUAUUUAAGGCUACAGUGUCUGUCUUAAGCUUUAGGGACUAUGCUUUUACUGAGCAAUAGGGUGCUUCUGGCAAUUAGGCUUUAGGAUUCACUGGUAAUUGCCUCCUCAAAUAAGUGUUGAAAUAUGAGGUCAUGCCAGGGUGUAACCCUGAGUGUCUAUGUCAUUCUUGGAACUAAAAAGAUAUCUACACACUGGGGGCUUCCUACUCCCUCGCACUAUAAUCCUCCUGCCAGGUUUGAGAACAGACCCUGACUUAUGAGGACACAGUUCAGGACCACAGCACACCUCGUGCACUCAGGCACUGAUGCUGAUAAAAACUCAGUUCUUUGAAAAUCCUGGACUCUGACCAGUUAGGUUAGUCACUCCUCCUCUUGUGGAAAGGUGCAGAUAAGGUCACAAAAUUAAAAGCUGGAUGUGUUCUGCCCACUGUAGGGUUUCUCACCUCUGUAGAGAGGGGAAUAAACGUUCCUUCCUCCCUGGAAACAUGAAGAAAUGAAGAAUAUGUCUUAUUCCCACCCCGUCCCCCACUUCCCAUCAUCAGUGCCUCACUUCCACAGGAAAGGAAAGCCUAAGAGUGGAAGCAAGGUGGAAAACCAGUGGAUUAUGCUGGAGGCAGACAUAGUGAGCAGGCAGGAGAAAGGCUGUGGCCCAGCGAGAGGGAGUGGAUGAGGAUGAUGCUUUCCCAAUAUGGAUUAUAUGGGAUGCAUGAGGUGGGCAGGAAGCAGUAACAAGAAACUUCAGUUACCCUAACAGAUGUCUGUUCUACUAAAAAUAAGUCUGAUUUCUCAAAAAACAAUACCAGUAUUGGCAUUAUGAGAAACUAUUAUUUUGGACUUCAUUUAGACCAACAGGGAAGAACUUGUUGAUGAUGUAAGAAGUGACAGGAAUUCGGGAGCAGAGUGUCUGUGCCACCUUGGAUCAAAACCACGGACUGAGGUCUGAGCCAGAUCAGUGGUCUUCAAAGGUGAAACUCCUGAUUCAAACAGAAUUGUAUGUGGAACCCUAAUACUUGAACAGGUAAAAAAUAUGCCUGCUCUGGUUGAAUUGAGUUGGGGAUGGAUGGGGAUUGGAUGUACACACACAUAUCUGCAUGCAUACAAUCCUCUCCUCCUCACUCUACCCUCACAGUGACCUUGAGGAAUCCUAGGGACUACACAGAGCAUCGUCUGCUUUAGGAAGGCAGAUAUCUAAAUGUUGUGGGAGGGGUAGGUAUGGUCCUGUGUCUUGAGAGCAUGAAAGCAAGUAGGACUCCAUUGGCCAAAAUAAAAUAUAAAUAUGUAACUUGUACAAUUAAUAUCAGUGGUCAGUGGACUUGUUUCAAAAGACCUGCACGUGAGUGUUAGCUUCUCUUUACUAAAUAGGAGACUUUGGGGACAUGACCUUUCCCUGAGCCUGAAUUCUGUCAUGUGUGAAGCAGGGACAGUAACGCUUUUUGCUCUUUGGACCUUGGAUUUGUUCUAGGAUAAAAUGAGACCAUGUAGAUGGAUAUGCUUUACAGGGAUUUGUAGAUAUUAGUAGUUGUUAUUCAUUACAAAAAGGAGACAUAUCGUGACAUCUGGGCCGACUUACCUGUGAGAGGAGACUGGAUUAUAUCAGUGAUUCUCCACUGUAGCUGCAUAUUAGAAUUACCUAGGGAAAUUUUUGAAGUGUUUGAUUCUAAUACUAGGAUCCCAUGGCAGAUCAAUUUAAUCAGAAUCUCUGAGUUGAUCCCUUUUAAAAGCACUCCAGGUGAUUUUAAUGUGCGGCCCAUAAUGGAGAACCUCUAGAGCAGUCAGCAAACCAUUUUUAUUAAUGGCCAGGUAUUUGAGGCUUUGCAAGCCAUAUAAUCUGUCGCAACUACUCAGCUCUGCCAUUGGAGUGCAAAUGGCAUAGGCAGUAUACAAAUGAAUGAGUGUGACUGUGUUCCAAUAAAUAUUUACUUAUAAAAACAGGUGGCAGGACUUCCCUGGUGGUCCGGUGGCUAAGACUCCAUGCUCCCAAUGCAGGGCGCCUGGGUUCCAUCCCUGGUCAGGGACCUAGAUCCCACAUGCCGCAACUAAAGAUCCAGCACGCCACAACUAAGACCCAGCACAGUCAAAUAAAUAAAUAAAUAUUUUAAAAACAAAAACAGGUGGCAGGCCAGGUUUGGCCCACUCAGCUCUAGGCAAAUUCAUCUUUGGGGUCUCACCUGACUCAAGAUGUUCAUUACAGUGUCUUUAGGAUAUUUGAAAAGUUUCUAUCCAGAAGGCUAAUUACCCCCUCCUGAACUGUAUGGGUUGCAGUUUUUUGGUUACCAGAAAUCAAAGUGAUCUAGUCUCCUUUUCACAGAAACGAAAGCAAGGUUAUUAGUCAUUACAAAAAAAUAUUGUUACAGCAAGAACGCAACAGGUUAUCUGUAAGUAGGGUGUCCCUGGUCUCUCCUGGCCUCCCCAGGAAUUCUGUAUCAUAUCUGCCUCUGUAUUUAAAGAACAACGGGAAGCCACUGGGAUGUUAGUGAUAGUGAAGUGGUCAGAUUUGGGUCCUUAAAAGAACACUUAAGCUACAGGUUGGAGGAAGGAUGGAAGAGGGCAAGAGGAUGCAGGAAGACCAGUCAGAAGUCUGCUGCAGAGAUCCAGGUGAAAGAUGAUGGCAGCUUGAACUAAGUGGAGAUCGAGAUACAGAGAUAGAAAGGGGUCCCUGCAAUAUUUUAACAAGUAGAAUGGCUGAGACUGAGUGAUGGAUUGUCUGGGAGUGAAGGGGGAAGGAAGCUGGAGGGUAAUUCCUAGAUCACUGGCUUAUAUAUCUGAAUGGCCGAUGAUGUCAUUUGCUGAGAUGAGGGGACACUGGAGGAGGACCAGGUGGAGGUGGAGGAGAUCGUGAAUUCCAUUUGGACAAGUUGAACUUGAUGUCCCUUUAAGACAUCUAAGUAAAGGUGUCCAGAAAGCAGUUGAAUGUAGAGGUCUGGAUCUCAAGAGAGGGCUAGAGAGCAGUUUCAGUCUUCUACCAGGUGAGCCUAAGAUUCAGGUGAUUUUGAAGACCAGGUGGCAGGCAUGAAUUUUGCAGGCAGACCCCAGCCUUGGACAACUGGUCUCCAUAUCUUUGGUAUUGGGAACAGUUUUUCUUGGCUAUAGGUACUUAUUUAUUUGGGGAAAAAGUAAAUAAGUGGUACAGUGAACAUCAUUCUGGAAGGAAAGGUCAGGGGUGUGAGUGGACUUUAAAGCAAAUCUCUUUGUCUGCUUUAGGACAUUUCUAAGGAUUUUGCAUAGUGCCUGGUAUAUGCAAUAAAUGUUUGUUGAGUGCCUGCUAUAAAUAUUUUCCCUGGAAUUGUCCCAAUCUAGCAUAGGAAGUAUGAAGUCCCAUUAUUUCCUUAUAGCCCAUUACAAGCCUUUACCCAUUACUACUUCACUGUAGCUGGAUGGAGUUAACUCUUUGGGAAAUAAUGACACAAUUCCUAUCAAACUUUGAAGUCGUUAGCCACAGCCUGAGGAUCUGUUGCUUUACCAUUGAAAUGCUGCCACCUCCUGGAUAGUGUGUGACAAGUGACCAGCAGCUGUGGACGGCUUCCUGAGAGUGGGAGCCAGAGGGAAGGAAGCCUGCCAGCCCUGUGGCAAUCAAAAGCAGGAAUGCAAACCCCUGGCAUGGCUGAGUUCCCAUACAAGGUUUGGUCCAUCCCUGUUUGGACCAAACCAGGUUUGACAAACUGCUGGGAAAUGACGUAAAACUCUCCUUGACCUUUGUGGAGGGUGGGUCAUGGCAUCAAACUGGUAUCAUGUCUUCUUGUGACAGGCUGCUCUUUGAUCAUGAGAUUCCUCAUUUGAUGUGGGCAUUGAGAACCAUUUUCAAGAUUUCUUCUCAGCAAUCUGAGAGGACUGUGCCCUGCUUUGGUUUUAGAGGUUUGGCACUACGACAGUCCAGGGUGGGACUGAGACCUCUAUUCCACGGGAGACCAGAAGUCUUUCUCCCCCCAAGAGGACCUGGCACUGAUGACAGGUUUGAGGGCUCAGCAUGUGAGGGUACAGUGGUUCCCACUGAAUGUAGCUCCACCUUCUUCAUCCUCCAAAUCAAUCUUUUUGUUUUUUUAAUUUCAAGUCUUCAUAGAAUUUAUUUGUAACACAUUUUAAUGAAGUAUCAAUAAAAUUGAUGAUAUGACUGAACAGAUUUCUAUUUCAUUUGCAAAGUGUGAGAAAUAAGUAGUGUGAGAUUUUUCUAGAUUUAAUAGUAACUCUCUAUCUGAACUUAGUUCACAUUCUUGGUUCUGACCAUACUAAUUGCCAAUUUCAUAUGGAAUUUUAAGUGUAGUAUUUAGAGUCUUCUUUUAUCCUUAAAAGUAAAAGUCUGUUUAUCUCCUAUAGAGGACAACUUUUCUUGCCACCUAACCCAUGAAAGAACAUCUUAUAAAUCAGUGCAUACGUAUCUUAUAUCUCUUGAGGAAGCCUUUCUGCAGGCUUCAUAAGACCUUUGCUGGAAGAGGAUUCUAUAACCAUCGUGUGUAAAUGUUUGUAGUUGAGGGUUGUAUAACAUGAAGCAUAUAACUUAAGUCUCUCGAGGUCUUUGAAGCCAAACACUGUAACUUUGUUUUGCUCAGCCAUUUAAAGUGCAUUCUUUUUUUUUUUUAACCACUUUUUAAAAAUCGAAGUACCCCAAGUCAAUCUCAACAAUUUCUCCGUGUAGAGAUUUUAGGAUUCAUUCCUCUGCAUUGCCCACUGCCCUGACCCAAGCUCGCCUCGCCUCAUGACUCCUCGCAGAUCUCCCUCCCUUUUGUCUCUGCCUCAUCAAGCUGUCCUCCAUGCAUCUGAGUUAUCCUAAAGUACAUCACUGAGCAGAAUCCUUGGCUCUGAAACCUCAAGACGUUCUCCAUUAUCCAAAGGGUGAGGUCCAAAUUCAUUUGAGGCUUUUAAAUCCCAUAUCAUAGGGUUCCUGUACUUUUUGAUCAUCAUAACUCAUCCCCAUCUGCUCUUGUCCCUUUCUGCUACCCACCAAGUAUAACCCAUACUCUAGUAAUAAUAGGUUAUUUGCCCCAAACACAACUUCUGCUUUUACUUCUUCAUGUAUUUUCCAUCACGUCUUGCCGUACAUGGCCUUGAGCCUCGGUUUCCUUGUCUGUUAAAUGGAGAAAGUAAUAGCUACCUCAUAAUACUGUUGUGGAGAUUAAAUAGCUGAGCUAUCUGUAAAACCUUUAGCCAUGCUUGACACCCAAUCAGCUCCCCAAAAUGUAGUUAUUAGCAUUAUUGUGGUCUUCCUUGCUCAUGUCUACUAGGUUAAGGUCCUACUCAUUUUUAAAAGUUCAGCUUGAGUCUCACUAUCUUCAGGAAACCGUGAUCCCACUGGUUGUCACUAAUGUCCCUUUUCCCACCAGCCCUACAGCACUUUAUUUCUACUCCUGUGAUACCCCUUGCUCGGAUGACCUGACAUCGGCUAAUUGUAUGUGUGCUUGGGUCAUUUAUGUUUGUAAACUUUCUGAGUUGGGGAUGGGAACUAUCUUAUUUUGUACCCCGACUGCACCUCAUGGCACCUACCAGUUCACAAAAUACGUGCUCAGUUAACUGUUGCUUUAUAGGUGUGAGGGUUGCAGGGCAAGUUCUAGUCCUGGCCCUUCCUGCGCUUGGGUUUUCCAGGCAGAGAAAGGACCUUAGAGCUGCCUUCAUUUCCAGAACUUGUUCCAGACAAGCUGGACAAUCUAAGCACUAACCAUUUUAGCAGGGUUAAUGCAGGCACAGGCCUGGAUUCCUGAACUAUUUGGGGCAAAAUCGGGCGGAACUACCCCUUCCCGUCAAGGAGCUCCGGAUUACAGCAGCUGGCUUUAAUUUGGGCUUUAAGCCCUGUGCUGGCCCUGGAAAAUCUUGAUCUUGAGGGUUGGCUCUGGUUUCCUCAGGCUGUCACGCACACCCCUUCAAAAGUCAAUGCAACUAUGACAGGGAGUGAUCACAAGAGGGCAGUACAGACCCAUCACUGUACAGCAACUUGCACUUGGAGCUGAAAGCCAGAAGACAAAUGUUUCAAAGCAGAAGAAAGAGUAAGAAGCACAUCCUGAACUCUUUCAGAAUCAGGGUUCUGAAAGACCUCAGGGCAGCAAGCUGGUUCAGGUCACCAAUGUCUUCCCAGAUCCAAGACCUGAAAGCAGCAAAUUAGGGACACUGACAAGGUCCAAACAGUGUUCCCUAAAUCUCUUCCCAGCCUGUUGUUUCUGGUGUUUAGUUUCACCCAGAGAAAGUCAUUCUCCAGUCAUAAUGCACAUAUUCUAUGGAGGAGUUUAGGCAUUGCCUGUUUAUUAUUUACACACUGUAUUACAGAGCAUUUUUUCACACCAACCCCCCACCCCACUGUCUUUAUUGGGGAAUAAUUGACAAAAAUUGUAUAUAAUUAAGGUGUACAACUUGAUAUUUUGAUAUAUCACACUCAUUUCAAAAAUCUGAAUCUCCUAUCUGUCUUAAAAUGUAAAAAGAGGAGAUGUCUUAAAGUGUAAAAAGAGGAGAUGUUAUCACCUCUGUUUAAGGAAACUGAGGCUCAGAAAAUGAAGUGACUUGUUCAAAGGCAUGCCAAGUUCAUGGUGGAACCAUAAUUCCAGAUCCUUUGCUUAUUCCUUCUAGUUUUCAGUUGUUUGUGUUUGUAAGGUUUGUGAGUUUCAAGAGCAAAGACUACAUCUCAUUCCUCUUUCUGUCUCUGAACGGUGCUCCCUUAACCUUUAGGACUAUGAGUGGGUGUGUUGUAUAAGGCUCUCCCCGCUAGGAGCUGGAUUCCAUGAUCUCUUUCUUAUCCCCCCUGAUUCAGUAAUUCUGUGAUUUGGAGGCACAGCGCUAACAACGACAGUGGUGGCCCUGAGUGAUCCUACUGGCUGAGCAUUUCAACAAGGGCAGCCGCUAGGCUGCCAGCCUAUGACAAUCCAUCAUUAGUAAUGCAGGGAGGGCGGAGGACAGUUGGACAGUUUCUGAAAGUGUGCAGUAGUAUCCCAGGCAUUAUGAGAGUUGACUUUAGGGGAGGAGGAUGAAAAUGUUUAAUUUUUAGCAGUUACGCAUAUAAAUACAUUAUUAUUUAUACACAUGCACAUACAUAUUGUUGCAUAGAAUGAGGUCAGUUUUUAAAGUGAGUUUAUUUAAAGAAGAACAUUAAGUAAGUAACAGUAUGGUGGGAUGCAACAAGGUACAAAGCAUGAGACAGGUAUACCAAUGAGUGAAGUUCAAGGAACUGUGGUGAGGUGGGAAGAUGGUUGUAACUCGAGUCACAAAACUCUUUCAUGUCUGGCUCUGUGACCCUUAAGCCAUGUUACCCUGAUUAAGUUGCUGACCUUAAACAAGUCUCAGUUUUCUCAUCUGUAAAGUCAGAAAAGAAUUCUUGUCCUCCUUAACUCAAAUGAGAAUAAAUGAAAGUACACUGAAGCCUGGAAAACUGUGCAGGUGUCCGGUGGUGCCAA